UAAGUGUUGAAAGUCGCAGACCCCUGGUGAUUUUAUCCUGGAGAAGGUUCAUGACUGUUAUUUAAGAAAACGAAGAAGCUUGGACUCUUAUUCUGCAUAAAAAAGAUGAUUUAUUGAUAAAACUAUAUUGUUUUUAUAGGUCCUGAAUAUCUAAAGAAGAGAGUGCUGCAGGACACCAUUGAGGACACUGAGAAUGCUGACCCGGUCAUGCACGAGCCCCUUCUAGCUGAAGAGGAGCCCCUGCCUACACCCCCUGAAAGCCCUCUACUGAACGAACUGGACCGGCUCAUGCCGGGCUCCUCGCCGGCCCGCACCCCGUCCCCCAGCCUGGCCAUCACCAGCAAGGAGGACCCCAAACUCCUCAGUCCAAGAAGCAUCAUUGAAGACAAAUCUGUGAAGCAGGGGAGCAUAAAACCCAACAGCGCACCCGCCAGCCGCCCCACCACCCCUGCGACCGCAGCUCCUCCACCUGCACUGGCUGCACCUGAAGGAGAGGGGGCCCCCAGUAGCCGCGGCCCCUCCCGUUCCCCCAGUCGUCACAGCAACAAGAACGAGCAGGGCUCUGAGCUGGAGAUUAAGCCGCUGCAGAAAUUUGACUCUGAAGCGAAAGCUCCAGACCUCCCCCCUGCCCCUGCUGCCCCCAUCGCCAACAGCCUCAGUCUGCCAGACGAAGUAGAAGUAGAAGAAGAGGAGGCACCGCCGCCGCAGCCCAGUAAGCCGUCCAAAGCCGCCACCCCUGAGCCUAAAGCCCCAGAGCCAAAGCCCGAAAGAGCCCCGUCAGUCCAGGAACGUCCUCCAUCCACCUUAGAGAAAAAAGCCCCAUCUAGGGAAGGAAGUCGGCCCUCCAGCAAGGCGGAGACCAGGCCGCUGCCAAAACGACAACCUAGCCCAGCUCCAACCCCGAAACCGCCUCUGAAUGUGGAACCUAAAACAAUUACAAAGCAGGUGGAGGCCAAAGUCAUUGCUGCUAAAUCAACCCUAAAGCCGGUGGUGUCAAAUUCAAGUUUGGAGGGAGUGGCAGAGGCGUCAGAUAUGGAGGUGAGACUUUCAAAAUGUCCAUUUGUUGACAGUCAAGCACUCAUUUUUGAUAGUAAGGAUUUCGUGUUUAUGGAGGUUCUCCACUGCAGCCUAAAAAUGUAAAAGGAGCUUGUAAUUAAAAUGUGCAAGAAUUGUUGUAAAAAUUGACAAUAAGUUGAUAUUUUGAAGUUCUUUACUUUAUAUGAUUUAGAAAUUAGGUCAUCAAAGUCAGAAAAUAAUAAAACAGAAUCAUAAAAAACAUGUUUUAAC